AUGGGGCGUUCACGCCUUCGCGGAGGCAAUCGCCGCAGGGGCACUGCACAGAAGCCCAAGAAGAAGAGUAAGAAGCGCACACAAAAACUUGACGUAGAGGACCUCUACUAUGCCCGUUUGGAGGAGGAAGCGAGAGUCAAGCAGGAGAAGAAGCGAGCGAAAAAGUUGAAGAAGUUGGAGAAACGGAAACAAGAUAAAGACGCCUCGAGUGACGAAGAUCCUGCAGACGCCGCGCCUGCUGUCGGAAGCCUUCCAUUAACGAAAGGGAAAGUAGAUAAAGCCAGUUCAUCCGAUACCAGAUUCGGAGGCGAGAGAAGACAGGGUGGAGAGAGAAAGAAACUGGAUCCUUUCGCGCGUCUUCUCAAGAGUCUGAAGCCUGAAGACCAGGAGGACGAAGGCGAUUCGGCAGAAGAAACAGACAGCGGAGACGAAGAAGGAAGUGAACCCGAGCACAGCAGUCACAUCGAGGAAGAAGAAUCGCUCGAUGAGGAAGAACAGGAAGACGAAGAGGAUAACCGAGAAGAGGAAGAUGAAGAGGCGAACGAAGAAGCGGUUGACGGCGAAGAGGAAGAGGCAGUAGAUGAGGACGAAGCAGGAGAAGACGAUGAUGAGGAAGGCGAAGAGGCAGAGGAAGGCCAAGGUGACGGAGAGGAAGAGGACGAUGAAGAGGGAGAGGACGCGGCGCAGAGUGUUGCUGAGACUCUUGCGCGAAUGAACGACUCAGAUAGCGACGAAGAAGACGACGGGUCAUCGUCGGAUCCUUCAUCGUCUGCAGGUCCGUCUUCUUUUGUUUCACUACGUGAACAGUCGCGUUAUCGAUCCGGCCUCCUUCCUAUUCCUGGACGCCCUUCGCCUCUGGCGCCGCUCGACUUUUUCUGGACGUUUGAGGAGAGCGUCGCCUCCGACGAAAGCGCGAUGUCCCGCCUGCCUAUUCACCAAAGAGAGAUUGUUGAAGAGAAGAAAAAGAAGACGCCUGUCGAGCUCUUGCACCUCCAAGCUGCCGCUUUUCUCCAGCACGAAGGCAACAGCUCAAAGGCUGUUCGCCGAAAGCAGAGUGCAGCACAGCCGUCGGCUGCAUCUCUGCUGCUCGGAGAUGCUGAGGAUGAUGCAGGAAGCGAGUCAGAGCAGGAGAGCGAAGCAGACGAAACACAAGUUGUGAAGAGCCGCAGAAACGCGACCCAUGGGGAGAAGAAGCUUCUCAUUGAGCCCUCCGGCUUCGCCUCCUACAGUGCAGCGCUGCCUUCGAACGCAGCAGACGCCCGAGCCUUGUCUCGCUUGUACUCAGACCCUCAAACUCAAGGAGGAAGCACUUUCCAGGCGCAGAACGGAGAGGACGACGAGGGCGUUUUUGGAGAGAAGACUCAAGCCGCGCCUACGGGAGAAGCCUCAGAGCCCGGUUUCAGCGUGGAACACGGACCGAGUUCCUGCCUCUCUUCGUCUCGCUCUCUGCCGCCAUCGUCUUCUGGUCUGUCGGCCGACUCAUACUUUGAAUACAUCUUGAAGACACGAAUUCCGGAAACCGCUUUCGAUCCGAAUGUCGCUUCGCCGUACGGCUUGCCGUCUUCUCUGCUUCACUCCCUUCGACGUCUCCUCUCCUCGCGCUUCGCGUCCUCUCCCCAACUUGGGGGACUGCCCGUCGCCUUUGGAAAUGCCAAGAUGCGGUCGCUCUUUCACUUUCUCUCGAGCUACGUAGACAUCUCGUUUCCCCACCAAAACGAUGCCGCUUGCUCGUCGCUUCGACUCAUGUACGCGCUUCACGCUGCCGCCCACAUGUGGAAGGCGCGGUACCGGGUGUCAGUACACUCGAAUCUCAUCAAGCGCGUUGCAAACCGAACGCCGGAGGAAAGACAAAAAAUUCUUCUGGAAACGAUGCGCAGGCAAGAGCGAGACCACGUGCGAGGGCCCAGAGACCACGAAGAAGAGGAGGAGGAUGACGAGCAGGGAGAGACGGUUGUGGGGUCUGAGGAGAACGAGGAAAACGGAGACAAUCAAAGCGACGGAGUGGACGAGGUGGAUGGAGACACAACGAAGCGGAAAAGCGUCGAACGCAGUGACUGCAUGGAAAGUGCCAAUAAAAAACAGAAAACGGAUUCUCUCGCCUCUCCGUCUUCUGCCUCGUCUAGUCGCCACCUAGACAACGAAGGCCCUGAAGACUGGUUAGAAGCCCAAGUAAGAGACGGCGGAUACACCCGACCUCGAAUCCUCAUUCUCCUGCCUUUCCGAUCGGCAGCCAAGGAAGUCGUCGACUAUCUUAUCGCUCUCAUGCCAGGCAUGCAACAGGUUUUGAAUCGGCGUCGUUAUGAAGAAGAAUUCGGAGUAAGUCGAGAAGACGAACUGGAUCAAGAGCAGAACUUUGCAAAAGGAAAGAAGCCGGAAGACUUCGUAAAUAUUUUCAAGGGAAACGACAACGACCGAUUUCGUCUAGGCAUUCGCGUGGCGCAAAACUCGCUGGUCCUGUAUUCUCCCUUCUACGCAUCCGACAUUCUCAUCGCUUCUCCGCUGGGGCUGCGCAUGAUUGUCGGCGUCCAGGGGGAAGAAAAAAGAGAGUUUGACUUUCUCUCGUCGCUCGAAAUGGUGAUCAUCGACCGCGCAGAUGUGAUCAGCAUGCAGAACUGGGCCUUCCUCAAAGACUGUCUUGCCGCCGUGAAUCUGCCUCCUGUCUCCUACACUUCCUUUGACAUUCGACGUUUGCGUCCGUCGUUGAUGGCCGGCGUCGGCGCCUCUGACCGGCAAACGCUGAUCUUUUCUCACGGCCGAGACGCGAAGAUUCAGGGACUCUUUAAGCAGUUUUGCUCGAAUCGCCGCGGCGUGCUUCACCUCUUCGAUCCGGCCCAGGCCGUCUUCGCCGCUUCUGUCCUGCCGUGUUGCUUUUUGGAAAAUGGAAAGGAGAAACGAAAGCAAGGCAGGAAGAGGCGCGAAGAGGCACCAGGCAAAGUGGUGCGCGUCGCCAGGUCAACGCCCUGUUGGGAGAACCUUCUGUUGCGAGAAGAAGAAAGCCAAGACGAUGGCAAGGGUCUGAACAGCGACGCUGGCGCCAAUAGGACGGGGGCGACCGAAAAAGCUCAAGAAAAAGCUGUUCUGUGGAAAUCGGUUGUGGCAAGGGCGGGGCUGACAGGUGCCCAGCAAUUCUUCUGCAAGGUUGCAUGCUCUCAGUUCUCCAAAGCGAGUGGGUGCCUUCUUAAGCACUUCGCCGUCCGGGUGCUUCCUACUCUGCAAGGCGAAUUUGACCGCGCCCUUAUCGUGCUUCCUUCCUACCUCGAUUAUUGCCGACUGUGGAGAUCACUCAAGGAGCAGAACGUAGACUUCGCCAGCUGCCACGAAUACACAUCCAACCAAAACAUAACUCGCGCCCGGCAAAAGUUCCACAAAGGCGAAGUUCCCAUUCUGGUCACUACUGUACGCUUCCUUUUCUAUCGUCGAUAUCGGCUACAAGGCGCUGAUCGAAUUCUCUUUCUUGGACCGCCACCAUCGCCUGAGGUGUACUUACAUCUUCUCACGCAUUCCCUUCCUGAUAAAGAGGUCGCGAAGAAAAAACGGGUUGUUGCUGAGCCAACAGCGGACACGAAGAUCGAUGAUCUUGCGACGGCGGAGGCUGAGUACUACAGAACGACUGGCGCCUCCAUGUGCUUUUUCACGCAGUAUCAUGGCUACGCCAUGGAAAGGCUGCUAGGCGUUCAGAAGGCUUUCACCCUUCUUCAAAUUCCUGAUGGGAAGGUUGUGGCUGUCAAAUAG